GGAGAGCUGCGUGGCAGAAACCCUGCCAGGACUCCUGCUGCAGCGGGGGACAGAGAGCAUGUGGUGCCGGGGACGUGUCCCCAAGUGCUGGCGGCUCUGCCAGGCAGGAGGGUUUGUCCCUGCCAGCUCACCCCACCCCACUGGGGGAAAAUGCACCCCAUGGCGCUCAGCAAAAGGAAAAAAAAAAAGAGAUUUUGCCAUCGCCUGAACCCACUGAAGCAAGAGGCAGGGCUGGUUCACCAGCUACCAGGAGGAGCCUGCCCAGCUGAUUUUGAUGGUGUCACUUUAACCCCAAACCACUGGCCCUGACCACAAGAGCACUGGCCCUGCCUCCAUAAAGCAUCGCACGGGUACUGGAGAGGGCACAAACGCAGAGCAGAGCUUUUGGGGUUGUGGCUGGUGUAUUGGAUGAGCUGACAAUCGCAAGCAAGCCGGACAGACGGAUCUGACAGCUCUCUUGUUUUGGGUUUAAUCAUUGGGGGUUAUAUUUUCCCCUUUGCAAGGCUGUGGUGCCCCAUGGUUCCCUCCAACCCCGGUUCUAAGUGUGCAGGUUGUCUCACCUCCUGAUUUUACCUUUUCUGCACAAACAUGCUGCAGCUGCAACACCUCAGCAGCCUCGCUUUGCAAUGGCUGCCAGCUCCGUGGACCCAGCUGGGGCCAGAUCCCAAGCACAGGUGAGUCCUGCAUGUCCUCGGUGUGUCCCCACCCCAUCACCUGGCCACAGUGUGCCCUUCAGCCACGUCCCUGCUGGCUGAUCAGGGACAUGUGCCACCACCCGGUAGGUGACUUUAUUUUUAAGGACUGUCUCUGAACCUCGUGGCUCCAGGGCAAACCCUGGCAUCACCCAAGUCUGUGAAGCCACGGCGAAGGAGGCUGGAUCCCACAGAGAUGCAUCCUGCCACGUGCAUGCUCUGCAUGGGAUCAGAAGGCAGCCGGAGCCGAAGCCAGCCGUGCUCCUCCCGCAGCCCUGGCCGUGCCAAGCCGUCCCACGCUGCUCCCGCAGUGCCCACUGCGCUGGCUCGAGCGGCACGGAAACAUCUCAACGCGCUUCCUAACUUGCCCCAUCUCUUAAACCAACAAAAUAAGAGCAGCAAGCGCAGCGGGAUCGUGUGCUGGCGGCUGGGCGUGCCGGGGAUGAGAAACCUCCAUCCCUGAAGAUCCCUGGCUUUGACUCCGCUGCCCUCACCCUGGCCGGCCCAGCCCAUGAUGGCACUGUGUCUCAAGCAAGUCUUCAACAAAGACAAAACGUUUCGCCCCCGCAAGAAGUUUGAGCCCGGCACCCAGCGCUUCGAGCUCUACAAGAAAGCCCAGGCCUCCCUCAAGUCCGGGCUGGACCUGAAGACGGUGGUGCAGCUGCCUCCCGGCGAGAGCAUCAACGACUGGAUCGCCGUGCACGUGGUGGACUUCUUCAACCGCAUCAACCUCAUCUACGGCACCAUGUCGGAGUACUGCACGGAGAGGAGCUGCCCCAUCAUGUCGGGCGGGCUCAAGUACGAGUACAGGUGGCAGGACGAUAGCAAAUACAAGAAGCCGACCAAGCUGUCGGCCCCGCAGUACAUGUGUAUGCUGAUGGACUGGAUCGAGAUGCUCAUCAACAACGAGGACAUCUUCCCCACCAGGAUAGGUGUCCCCUUCCCCAAGCAGUUCCAGCAGGUUUGCACUAAGAUCCUCACCCGCCUCUUCCGUGUCUUUGUCCAUGUCUACAUCCAUCACUUUGACAGCAUCAUCAACAUGGGUGCCGAGGCUCACGUCAACACCUGCUACAAGCACUUUUACUACUUCAUCAGGGAGUUCAGCCUGGUCGACCAUCGGGAGCUGGAGCCUUUGAAAGAAAUGACAGAACGAAUUUGCCACUGAGGCGAUCUCAGCAGACGAACCCAGCCAGCUCACUCGGCACCCGACGGGACAAGUGUGCUGGGGGACCCCUUCCCAAGGACUUGCUCUGGGAGUCUCAGCUGAACUAUGAACACUGCAGAAGAGCCUCUUCAGGCCAGAGCUGAAUCCCAAGCUUGCUAAACAUCUCUGAACAUAUAUAUUUUUUAAAUUGUAACAGAUUCCAGUCUGUCUUAUGGCUACUGUCUUAGAAAGCCACUGACUUCUGGAGAAUGAGGCAAGUUGGGUUGACUGAUACACACUCUGGUCUCUAAGAACCAAUCCCAUGUGUGAUAACAUUUCUUCAGCUAACUUUCCUCUGGUUUUGUCCUCAGCUACAUUAUCUUCAAAUGUUUUGUUAGUGAUACCUGCCCUGCAAGCAGGUAUGACCUUGGCUGAAUCAUGCCUGUUGCCUUGCCCAGAUGCAGUGGGUUUGUCGUAACAUCUGAGAUCAGCUCUGCAAAGUUGAUGAGGUCUGAUCCCAGCUGACUUCAUGAGGUUAGCUGCCAAUGUCCUGUUUUUAAUCAUGAGCUGUGAAUGUCUCUCCUUCUGACCUAAUCCAUGCUUUACCAAAGGGACCUUUUUCUCUUUUUUUUUUCCUUUUUUUUUUUUUUUUUUUUUUUUUCCCCAGGAACUUUUCAUGCUUGGCAGUGGGGAUUUCAUAACUAAUAGCAAGGUGGCCCCAUGACAAAAGGAAGUGAAUUGGCGACUUUCCAUUGUGAUCAGCACAGUCCACACAAGUAUUUUCUAUACUUAGAAACUGUGAUACAAAGUGAGGGAAAUAAACGUGCCAGAAAACAAACAGUAUUUGCUGACAUGUUGUCUUGUCUCAAAGCAGCAGGUGCUGGCUACAGAAAUUGUCUUUCCAUUGUCCAGCCCUAUAGCACAGAAAAACAGGUGGGGAGGGACUUUAAGAGACAUCUAAUCUACCCUGAUCUUCCAAAAAUGCAAGAUCAGUUCCCCUUAAGCCUUUCUGAAUAGAGUUUCUCUAGCCUGAAAAAGAAAGCAUACCAUUGCUACCUGGUCUGUGCCCCUAUUCCCCUGAAAGGCAUCAAACCUCAAAACUUCUUCCCUGCUUGCAGUGCCUGUUAACUAGCGUUGCAUUCCCUGUGACAUUUUCUUUUGACAUGAGUUGAAGUUUUUUUUUAAUUAUUAUUAUUAUUUUUUUUUUUUUACAAUUUUGAGGGAGUUAAAUUGUCUGAGCCACGGCGUUUUUAUAUUUGUCUUUCCUGGCCUUUUUCUGGGAAAGUUUUGUACACCAGACCCAGCUGAUAUUUAUAACCAGGGCUUUGCCCAUUUUGGGGGGAGGAAGGGGAUGUGGCUAGAAAAUGUAAAUAUUUAAGCCAACACUAAAGUGCACAAGUGCAUUUUUAGCGCUCAGAGCACUUAUUUUGUUGUGAAAAUCUAUUUUUUUUAAUCUUGUGUACCAGAUGUAUAUUUUUACAUGGAAAUAAAAUGGAGCAAAAUGGACACAAAAUGACCUGAUAAAUCAUUCCAAUAUUUUCACUGUAAAAUAAUAAUUGAAAGUCCAAACAUUUUUGUUCUGUUACUAAUUAAAGAAACAUGAACAAGC